AUGGAGAACAAGUACCACGAACAGACAGAUAUUAUUACUCUGACUCGCCAUGUCCUGCAGAGUGGUAUCCGGGCGCACCGGAAGAACUCAGCUGUUACUGGUGAUCUUACAUUGCUUUUGGCGGCGUUGCAGACUAUCUGCAAGCUAAUCGAAAGCAUGGUGCGCCGCGCUCGCCUGAACAACCUGGUGGGGCUUGCUGGCAACCAAAACGUGCAGGGCGAAGAUCAGAAGAAGUUGGAUGUCCUGUCCAACGAGGCUAUGGUUAAUGCCCUCGUGGCCUGUGGUCAGACCGCCGUGCUUGUGUCGGAAGAAGAGGAAGAGGUAAUCAUCGUGUCGCAGCGUACUGGCUCGCACAAUGGUCGCUACUGUGUUGUAUUCGACCCUCUCGAUGGUUCGAGUAACAUUGACGCUGGUGUGAAUAUCGGCACCAUCUUUGGUAUCUACCACGUCCGUGAGGGCUCGACAGGUACAUUGGAAGAUGUCCUCCGUCCUGGCAAUGAAAUGGUGGCUGCUGGCUACUGCAUGUACGGUGCCUCGGCCAACAUUGUGCUUUCCACUGGCCAGGGUGUAGACGGCUUUACAUUGGAUAAUGGUAUUGGUGAGUUUAUUCUUACCCAUCCCAACAUCCAAAUCCCCUCGCGUGGUAAGAUUUACUCCAUUAACGAGGGUAACUCUCUGUACUUCCACGAGCCUGUAAGGAAGUACCUCGAGUCUGUGAAGAACCCGAAGGAGGGUAAGCCUUACUCGGCCCGUUACAUUGGCUCAAUGGUUGCCGAUGUGCAUCGUACUCUUCUCUACGGCGGUAUCUUCUGUUACCCCUCGGACAAGAAGUCGACGAGCGGCAAACUUCGUCUCCUGUACGAAGGCUUCCCGAUGGCCUUCCUUGUCGAGCAGGCUGGUGGCAUUGCUACGACUGGUGAGAAGCGUGUGUUGGAUGUGGUGCCCAAGAGCAUCCACGAGCGUGUGCCCGUUUUCUUAGGCUCCAAGGAGGAUGUGCAGGACUUGCUGAAGUUCUUCCAAAACUAA